AAAGAGAUCUACUCCCUCCCCCAUCCAUCCUCACCACUGUAGCCAGUACACUGCUUCGAGCCCGAGAAGAGAGGAGGGUGCGUGUAAACAGUCGGAUUAAAUAUUAUACCUUAAAUUUACAUCUCAUGAUGUAUAAAUAUGGAUAUCUUUGGCAUACAGCAAGUUCGUCAGUGAUGGAUUUCUACGUUCAUCUCUUGAUUCUAAACAAUAUUUUGAUGGGAAAUAACGCUGCACUGUAACGGACCGGGGAUGACAAAGAGAAUGGGAUACCGAGACUGGAGAUGGCAGGCUCUUUGGUGGCAUUAUUUCUUACUCUUAUGGAUUACAAUAGACGGACAGACUCGUUACAGCAUCCCGGAGGAGUUGGAACGAGGCUCUCUGGUUGGAAAUUUAGCCAAAGAUCUGGGUUUGGGACUAUCAGAUAUUUUUGACCGUAAGCUCCAUGUCGCCUCUGAGGCUGGUAAGCAGUAUUUCAGUGUGGAUGCGGGGAAGGGCGAGCUGGUGGUGAAUGACAGAAUAGACAGAGAGGCUUUAUGCGCACAAAGCGCCAGCUGUGUUCUACCUCUGCAGGUCGUUAUAGAGAACCCGCUACAGCUACACCGCAUAGAAGUGGAAAUAAGAGACAUAAAUGAUAACGCUCCCAGUUUUCUCAAAAGCGACCAUGUCAUAGAAAUUGCUGAAUCCACUGUUGUAGGUGCACGUUUUCCUUUAGAGAUGGCAGAAGAUCCCGAUGUUGGAAAUAACGGACUAAGGACAUACACACUAAGCAAAGACGAUUGCUUUACUUUAAAAAUAAAAGAAAUUGAAAAUGGAAGAAAAAUACCAGAAUUAGUUUUAAAUAAAUCAUUGGAUCGCGAGAAAAAGGCAAUUCACAAUUUAAUCCUUACUGCUAUGGACGGAGGCAAUCCUGUAAAGACAGGAACUUCAAAAAUAACUAUAACGGUCCUUGAUUUUAAUGAUAAUGUCCCAUCGUUCGAAAAUAGCUUUUAUAAAAUUGCCAUUAAAGAAAACAGCGCAAACGGCUCCUUUGUAAUUGCAACAAAAGCAACAGACACAGAUGAGGGUCCAAACGGAGAAAUUGAGUACUCACUUGGAGUGCACACACCUCCAUCGGUGUUGGCAUUAUUUCAUAUAGACCCUGUCACUGGAGAUAUAUAUUUGAAACAACAAUUAAAUUAUGAAACUCAAACCUCAUAUCGCAUAGACAUUAGUGCAAAAGAUAAAGGGCUGCCUAAAAUGGAAGGCCGCUGCAGUGUGCAGGUGGAUGUUUUAGACGUUAAUGAUAACGCCCCAGAAAUUGUUCUCACUUCAAAAUCAACUUCUGUGCCUGAAGACUCUCGCAGUGGGACAGUGGUGGCAUUACUCAGUGUCCGUGACCUUGACUCCGGUAAUAAUGGGAAAGUGACGUUACAGCUUCCCAAAGGUUCCCCCUUUACUUUAAAACCUUCUUUCUCAAAUAAUUACGCACUGGUUACAAGCGGUCCGUUAGACAGAGAAAGGUUCUCCGAGUAUAAUGUUGAAAUAACAGCCACUGAUUCGGGCUCUCCUCCACUGUCUAGUAGCAAAAUUGUACCUGUCAGUGUCACUGAUGUGAAUGACAAUCCACCUGUAUUCACUCAGCCCUCAUAUAAUGUGUAUUUAAAAGAGAACGGAGUACCAGGUUCUAUACUGUUCUCAGUAUCAGCAUCUGACCUGGAUUUUGGUGAAAACGCUAAGAUCUCUUACUCUAUCCUGGACUCUAAGGUGCAGGACGUUUCUGUCUCCUCUUAUGUUUACAUCAACUCAGAUAACGCACCUGGACCUUUGAGAGCCAGCAGGUGA